AUGCGCCCAACGCUUCGCCGGUCCUGUAGCGCUUGCGCCAAAUUCAAGCAUAGCUGUGAUCUCCGCACGCCGAGCUGCUCCCGCUGUAUCAAGCGCAAGGUUCUGUGCGUCUAUGCAAAUCAGCCCUUGAACGCGCAAUCGGCUGGGCCCGGACUAGAAGUGGCCGUGUUGCAAGAGCCUUCCAAGUCUUGCUCUUCAAUUACCAAUCCUUUCGGGGGCUUGGACCCAUUCGAUGCGUAUCCGCAAACUAGGCUUCCUAGAGAACAUGUUCAACGCCUUAUCUAUACCUUCCUUCAUAAAAUUGCAUUCCAAUACUACCCUCUGGAUUUAAAUGCUACCACGAAUCCCUUUCUUGUGUCGUGGUGGCCGCUGGCAUUGGGGGAUCCAGCCCUAUUCCAUGUCUCCUUACAGACAGCAUGUCUUGAUGAAGAGUUAUUAGCCCAGAAGGGCUUCCAGGCUUCAGAAGCCCUGAUGGCGGAUUCUCUUGCUCUCCUUCGACGCAAAGUACAAGAUACAUCGCUGGCGGUGCAAGAUGGGACGAUCAACUCCGUCAUUACCUUGGCGAGCAUUGAGUUCGGAAAGGGGAAUGUCGAAGUCAGCGAAACACAUGUCGAUGGCGUGAAAGCGCUAGUCAACAUGCGAGGCGGCAUCAACGCAGUGAGACAAACUAGUCCUCUGACGGCAAGAAUGGUAAGCUGGGUCUCCAUGGUCAUAAUGGGCCGACCUCAAUUCGACACCCAGGACGAUGUCGGAGUGGGAGAUGGCAUUCCUCCCACCCCCGAGUGGCAACUGCAGCCACCCGCUCACGAUAAAAUACUGUAUAAAGAGCUUGAUAUUGAUGAAACGGUCGAAAAUGUCUUUAAUCGCCUGAGAAAUGUCUUUGAUCGGACCCAGAACAAACCGUUCUCAUCUACACAGCUCCACGACCUCACUUGUUUCGUCAUCCAUCGUCUUCUCACGCCCUCUCCCUCCUCAACAUCUCCCCCAUCACCAACGAGCGAAUGUGUACGAUUUGCUAUUAUUCUUUAUAUGUUUACCAUUCAUGGACCCUCAUAUUAUCCACACGCGAUGUUGCUGGAUACAACCGUCGCUCGGUUCAAAGAGGAGCUCGAGAAGCGCGAAACCCAGCACUACGCAGACUCGAUGGGUAUCUGGUUUUACUCCAUUGCAAUGGAGGCGUCGAGCGGAUCCAGCCAUUAUACAUGGUUCGUGCAAAAGGCGCGUGCUGCUGCCUCCGCUCUCGGACUCCAGACAAGCGACGAGGCCAUCUCGCGGAUGAAGGGUAUCCUGUGGCUGGGUAGUUCUCACGGAGAAGAAAUCUAUGCACGCCAUUGGGAUGCCGUCUGGGCCUCUACAGAUAUACUUGUGUGA